UGCUUCUUCAACCACACAACACAAGGCUCUCCAUACAAAUACAAAUUUAAUAUGUUAGUUAUUUUCUUUUUUAAAUGUUAGUUAUUUUACAGCAAUAAUCAAUAAUCAGCAGAAUUCAAAGAGGGGAUUAAUUAGCAUUUCAUCUUGAUCCAUCACUUUGAAGAUGACUAUCACCAAAGUCUACAUUGUAUAUUAUUCGUUGUAUGGACAUGUGGACACUAUGGCAAGACAAGUACACAAAGGGGCAGCUUCAAUUGAAGGUGUUGAAGCAACACUUUGGAGGGUACCUGAGAUUCUGUCGGAUGGAAUAUUGGAAAAGAUGAAAGCCCCUCCUAAACCAGAUGAUAUAGCUGACAUCAGACCAGACCAACUUGUGGAAGCAGAUGCUUUGAUAUUUGGUUUUCCUUCUCGUUUCGGUAUGAUGCCAAGCCAGCUCAAGGCCUUCUUCGACGCUACUGGUGAGUUGUGGGAGUCGCAAGCACUCGCAGGCAAACCUGCUGGAAUCUUUUGGAGUACUGGAUUUUACGGGGGAGGCCAAGAACUGUCGGCAUGGACAGCUAUAACUCAGUUAGCUCAUCAUGGUAUGCUUUUUGUUCCUCUUGGAUACACCUUUGGCAGUGGCAUGUUUGAGAUGGAUGAGGUAAAAGGAGGCUCGGCGUAUGGUGCUGGAACUUUUGCAGGAGAUGGAACUCGUCAACCGACAGAGCUAGAGCUUCAGCAGGCCGUUUACCAGGGUAAAUACAUUGCUGAAAUUGCAAAAAAGUUGAAAAGUUAACCUUCCUGUAUGACAGAUACUCAACAAUAUAUUAUGACCUGCUACAUUGUUACAAAUUCUGUCUUCUUGGUAGCUAACUUGCUACCCUUUUACUGAUAUUGUAGUCAAAGUCGUCUUAAGUUUUCGGAGGCUCUGUGUUGAUUUGUCAUGGUUUAACUAGGCUCAAUCAACCAUGGAAAUGUUUAAAUAUAAUAACAUCAUUUCUCUUCGGAGAUUCUAAACA